AUAUCAUUUCAUGUGGAGGUGUUUUCCUCCUGGUAUUGACUGGCUGCAGCAGUGACUUUGAUGGUAGCAAUGCACGAUGGAUCCUACUUUCUUGUUAUUUAUGGCCCCCACUGCACACAUCAACAUCAUAGUUCCUUAAGGGUCAGUUAAAGAGCAGAGUUUGUGAGCUACGUGUUGUUUUAUUGGUUAGACAGAAACGGGCUGUGAUGUACAGCAGGGUCCGGUGCAGUUUGGUAACUUGAAUGAAGUUCACAAGCACAUUGUUUCUCCCUUAGAUUACAUCAUCAAAAAUGGAAUUAUUCAGCAGCUAUAACAAUGUAAUGAUCAUUAAAUACAAUCAUGUCUUUUAACCAAAGCAUACAGGUCAGCUUUAUUGGGAUUUUAUGUUUUUUUUUUAAAUUUUAUUUUAUUUUUUCCUUUGGAGUUUAAACCUCUAUUUUAUUGAGUAAAAGAUGAAUUUUGUUUUGCCUUUUUUUGCUUUGUUUUAUGUUCAACAAUGUUUAAAUAAUACAAAUGGAUACAGCUGCAACUUCUUUCCUCUGCCUCUAGGGUGCGCCCACAGUUGCCUUUGACCGUACAGAACGUUUCGUUGACAUUGUGGGCGUUGUCGGGAUAGAACUUGCAAACAUACAACACUUUAGAGUCACGCUGCUAGCGAUGUAAAUUCGGCAAGCUGAACGCAUUCCGGACUGCACAGGAAGCACGAAGGAAAUUGAUUGACAAUGGUCUACAGUCUCUUAGCCAACCAGGACGCAGACGCAACACGUGGGUUCUCCCUUAGCCAAUCAGGACGCAGACGCAACACGUGGGUUCUCCUUUAGCCAAUCAGGACGCAGACCAUAAUACUCAUUCAUACGCUAUAAAAAAAGCAUUAAAAACUCCAUGAAACAGCGAGUCCGCGAAAGGUGAACCGCGCUGUGGCGAGGGAAGACUGGAUUAUUUGAAUGAUUUUCUUCCAGCCAUCGAUCCCUCAUCCUUGCUGAUCAUGCGCUGUUGGCAGCAUCACCUCACAGCAGGAAUGAGAUUUUAGAUGGGCUGGGAAAUGUAAAGUGACCUGAAUGCCGAUGAUGUCAGCCCCUCCAUUCAUGAAGCGCAUGAAUAAUUGAAAACGCGACAGGCAGGCUGCAGCAACACCCACAGGAGGAGGCGGAAUGCAAGCGGAGAGACGUUGUCAUUCUUCCUCCAUCCAUUGUACCAGCAGAAAUCGUGAGAGAAGAAGUGCAACCAAUGGAUGCUAUUGGAUGCUGUCAUGAGGCAGCAGAGCAGAGAAGGAUGAGGAGGGAACACGGACGCUAGCUUCAUGGAGCCUCUCAGCAUCUAUGAGACAAAAGAGACACUAAAACCACACGACGUGUGUUUUUUCUCAUUUUUCUCACGGCAUGCUCCUACAUCCAUCCUCUUCAUCACUGCUGCAUGAAUGAGACGCUUGAACAUGGCUGAUUGAGCGGCUCUCCACAUGGCGACAACCAGCACUGCCAGUAACUCGAACAAGAGCACGCCUGCUUGCUCGCCCGUCCUGCGCAAACGCUCGCGCUCACCGACACCACAGAGCCAGGAGGGCGACAACAUGGUGGAGAAGGGCUCGGACCACUCCUCGGACAAGUCCCCCUCCACGCCCGAGCAGGUUGUACAGAGGACGUAUUCGCUGCAGUCGGGGCGCAGCGGGGGGAAGAACUCCAAGUCUCACAAGCGACUUUCCAAAUAUGACAGACUAAACCUGAUUAAAAAGAGCCAAAGCUGGUACAACCAUGAAAGACAACACAUCAUGAGAGUGCUGAGCCCCACAUACAAGCAGCGCAAUGAGGACUUCAGGAAACUCUUCAAGCAUCUACCUGACACAGAGAGACUCAUUGUGGACUACUCCUGUGCUCUGCAACGGGACAUCCUCCUGCAGGGACGACUCUACCUCUCUGAGAACUGGAUCUGUUUCUAUAGCAACAUCUUCCGCUGGGAAACACUGCUGACGGUGCGAUUAAAGGACAUCUGCUCGAUGACGAAAGAGAAGACCGCCCGCCUAAUUCCCAACGCCAUCCAGGUCUGCACUGAUAAUGAGAAGCACUUUUUCACCUCCUUCGGAGCCAGAGACAGGACAUACAUGAUGAUGUUCAGACUGUGGCAGAAUGCGCUGCUCGACAAGCCUCUGUGCCCCAAAGAGUUGUGGCACUUUGUCCAUCAGUGCUAUGGCAACGAGCUGGGCCUGACGAGCGAUGACGAAGACUACGUCCCCCCAGAUGAUGACUUCAAUACCAUGGGGUUCAGUGAGGAGAUUCCCAAUGAGGAAAACGAGAUCAACAAUGACAACUUGUCCAAGAGCAGUGCAGAGGCCAAGCCUGAAGGAAGUCCUCCUCUUCUCCAUAAGAAGGUGGUCCCAAACAGCACCAUGGAGCACACAGGCAGCCAUGACCCGCCCAUCACAUUUGACCUUCCCGCAGACGAUUUCACAGACUGCCCGACAGACGGCGAACUGCUGGCCGUGCCUCUGCUGGUGGAAGAGAGGAACAACGACACCGGUGGUGGCGGAGGAGGCGGCAGCGGCCCUGUCCCCUCGCCCUCGCUCGACUUCAACGACAACGAGGACAUCCCCACCGAGCUCAGCGACUCGUCAGAGACACAUGAUGAGGGUGAGGUGCAGGCUUUCCACGAAGACCUGAACGGGAGGCAGCACAUCAACGAGAUCUACAAGUUCAGCGUGGACAAGCUCUACGACAUCCUCUUCACCGAGUCACAGUUCAUGAGUGACUUCAUGGAACAGAGGCGCUUCUCAGAUGUGGUUUACCACCCGUGGAAGAAGGAGGAGGCCGGGAACCAGACCAGAGAGAUCAUGUACACCAUCUCUCUGUCCAACCCCCUGGCCCCCAAGACUGCUACCGUCACAGAGACUCAGACUCUGUACAAGGCCAGUCAGGAGAGUGAGUGCUACAUCAUCGAUGCCGAGGUGAUCACACAUGACGUGCCCUACCAUGACUACUUCUACACCCUCAACCGCUACAUGCUCACCCGGGUGGCCAAGAACAAGUGUCGUUUACGGGUAUCCACAGAACUGCGCUUCAGGAAGCAGCCAUGGGGGCUGGUGAAGGGCUUCAUAGAGAAGAACUUCUGGAGCGGACUGGAGGAGAACUUUCGCCAUCUCGAGCUGGAGCUGUCCAAGCUGGAGGACAUCCUCACCGAGUCCCAUCAGCUCUCCCCGAAGGCCAACAAAGUGUUGAAGAACGCCACGGUGAGGCGGAAGAAGAGGCCCACGCCCCACAUGCGCAGCCAACACUUGGACGAGGCGCUCAGUCCCGUCACCACGCCGACGGACGAGGAGGUCAUCCAGCGCAUCAAGCAAGUGGCGGGAUCUACGCAGACUAGACAUCAGAGUCCGGAGCACCGCCACCUGCCUGGGGGCUUGGCUCUGUACAGUGUCUCCAAACUGCUGCUCGUCAUCAGCUUUGUGAUCUGUCUGAGUCUGGUCCUGCUGGUGUUCCUCAACAUGCUGCUCUUCUACAAGCUGUGGAUGCUGGAGUACUCUGCACAGUCCUUAACCACCUGGCAAGGUCUGCGGCUGCAUGAAAGCAAACUUCCUCAGACACAAAUGGAGUGGGCCCAGCUCCUGGAGGCGCAGCAGCGUUACCAUGACGCCGAGCUGCAGAAGUGGCGGGAAAUAAUCAAGUCGUCUGUGGUGCUGCUCGACCAGAUGAAAGACUCUUUACUGAACCUCCAACGAGGCAUUGGCUCGAGGGACUACAGCGCGGAACAUGAGGACAAGAGGAGUCACUAGCACCGAUCCAACCCCGCCCCCAGGCCACGAGGGCAUGCUGUGCAAUAUCGGACCACUCUUUUCUUUUACCAUCAGUCUGUGUGCAGGAAGCAGAGACAGAGCGAAGUGGUCCAGGAACACGAAGCAUCACUGAGGUGUUGUGUGGGACAGCCCCCCCCCACCCCCCACCCCCACCCCCCCAAGCCAUGUGUGUUUAGGCAGGGAAAGAAGCUGAAAGUGCUGCAUGCUUUUAGACCACUUACAGUAACCCCCCUCCGUGUCCAUGUGGUUCCAGUCUGUGCGUCCACGACAAGAAAAAACUCAAAGAGGACAUUUGGAGGUUUCUACUCUCUCGUGACUGUUCCAAAUCGUCCCCCUAGAGGUCCUCGCUGCAGCGUCUCUUUGCAGUACAUUUGACCACCGUCUGUCGGGGGCUGGUUCCCUUGACCACACGAUCAACCUAGAGUAGAAUGUAGAAGUAGAAUGUAUAGAUGAACCCGUUGAAUAAGGGACACUGCAGCCAGCCUUGUAGGGGACAUCUUCUUACAUGUUUUAUUACUAAACUGUGACUAUAUCUCUUUAGAAGUCUUUUCAAUUAGAAAGAAUAUAUUUGAAAUAUAUUUCAUGAUUGACUAUAUAUAUAUAUAUAUAUAUAUAUAUAUAUAUAUAUAUAUAUAUAUAUAUAUAUAUAUAUAUAUAUAUAUAUAUAUAUACUGUAUAUAUAUAUAUAUAUAUAUAUUUCAGAAUAUAUGAGCAUUACUUCUAUUUAUUGUUCCUUUGUGUACAUACCAGAGCUCCAGAGCUGUUGAAGAGUUUCUAAGAAAACAAAUGCAUGCCAGAUAUGUCUGUGACAUGUCCAGUGUGCAAGUACGAGUCUGCAUUUGUGCGAUUAUCUUCGCACCUGAGUGUGUACGUGUGUGAGUGAGUGCACGUGUGUGCACGUGUGUGCUGUCAAGUGUGACAUUUUUAUCAUUCCACACAUGUUUUUUUUUUUUAGUUUUCCCUUCCUGGUUGCUGCAGCCAGCCUGCCUUUUUUAAAUUGAGGUGCAGCCUUGCUAGCGUUUUAGAACCUGAGCUGGAGGGUUUUGCUGCAUCACACAGCACAGAAAGGACAGGGAGAGGUAGAUGGAGGGCAGUCAAAAAGAAAUGGCUCAAAAUAUUCCAUCUUUUUCAUAGUAGGAAGAAUUCAAAUUUUACAAGAAUGAUGUCAGAAUGAUCCAAGAAAAAUAAAGCAAAAAUAAAGCGAACAUUUUAUGGGGGCAAAAAUUGACGGUAGGAACACAAAAAGCCAAGCAAACUACUCCACAAAUGACCAAAAACAUUGGAAUUUUACAAGAAUAAAGUUGUAAUACUGCAAGAAACGAAAUGAGAAAAUUGUAAUAUUUGAAAGCAAAACAAAUCACGUUUAUGAUAAAUAUGCUGGGAACAAAAUGGAUUACUACGACGAGUAAAAAGAGAUUUCGGGAAUAAUGUUGUAAAUUUACAAGAAAAAGAAUUGUAAUAUUACAAGAAUAAAGUCAUAAACUCCCACUUUUAUUCUCGUAAAAUAAUGACAUUAUUCUCAAAAUCUCAGAUUAUUAUUUUUUUCAAUGUGACUCUAAUACGCCAUCAUAGAUUAUUAAAUAAUCCUGUAAAUAAAUUAAGAAAAUACAUUUAGUGAAAAUAAUGUAAUACCAAAAAUAGAUAUUUUUUAUGAUUUUUAAAUGAUGUUUUUAUUUAAAUCAUAAUAUGCAGAAAAAAUGAGGUGUGACUUUAUUCUGGUAAAUAGUAUUGAGUAUAAACCAGUAUUGAAAAGCAAAAGUACUAAUGAUUUAUUCACCACAGCGCCAUCUGCCUAAGAUAUUGGGGCACUGCCUCGCUUGCCCCAAAUGCAAAAAAAACAAAAGAAUGGCCACUGAUUGCCACAUGGCAGGUUUUCCCAAGAUGUCACACACACUCUUCUUUAAAUUUGAAUGAGUCCCUCUUUUUCCAAAGUGUUUGUGUGGGAUGCAAGGAGAAAGCAUGAGAAUGAACCAAAAGACAUCCGUGUAGAAAUGUAACCAUGAUACUACCUGUAUACUGUAUGUGGAAUGAAGUAUUAUUAUUCUAGUACGCGUGCACCACUGGCAUUGAAGAGCAUGAGUGGAAAAACUAGAAGAGCUGAUGAACGUCAGCGAUAGCUGAAGCACCUCCAAACUUCCCUGUGUUCCGAUAAUCCCAAGAGAGAGAAAUACAAGCACUUUAUUAUGAUUAUUAUUGUUAUCAUUAUCAUUACAAAGGUGAAGCAGGAGGGUUUGUAAUUGUACCGUCAUCAUUUCACAAAGUUGAUGAAAAGGAGAAUAUUUAUGCGUUAUGUGUGUUUAUGUGCUUCUAGGAGGGAAAAGGAAUCUUAAAUGUGUUCAAGUAUGAACUUCUGCUGCUGCUGUGUGGGCCUCGCUUGAACAUGGGGAGGAUUUGAUAUACUGUACGUCUACACGCUAGAAUACCACGUUGGCGUACUUGACGACACGGAAGGCUUCAAGAGAAUUUAUGCUUUGUUGAAAUGAUGGUACAGAAUGUCAGCAAAAAAUGUGAAAUGCUUUAAAAAAUGUUUUUUACAUGAUCUGUUUGUGUUGUUUUGUUUGGGAAUCUCUCAGCUGAUGGAGCUGGAUUCAUUCGUUUUGAUUUUUACACAGUAUCCCCCCCAUCUAUGCUAUUGUAUGCUAUCGUCUACAAAGUACUAGUGUGUCUGAACUCUAUUCAAGAUUCUACUACAGUACUCUAGUCAUUGACAGGAAAACAUGACAAAGUUGUAAGAUCGCAAGAACAAAUAUACAAUUUGAUGAGAAAAUAAGAGAAAUUCUACAAGAAUAAAUGUCUUUAUUUACCAUAAAAUUUGUAUUUUUAUGAGAAUAAAAUGUAUAAAAAAUAAUUCAAUUAUUGUUAAAAUUGUAAUAUUGAAAGGGAAAGAAAAUCCAAACUUCACUUGAAUAUAUAUAUAUAUAUAUAUAUAUAUAUAUAUAUAUACUUAUAUAUAUACUUAUAUACUUACAUAUAUAUAUAUAUAUAUAUACUUAUAUAUAUACUUAUAUACUUACAAAUAUAUAUAUAUAUAUAUAUAUAUAUAAACAAUGUAGGGGUGCAGCCCGCAGCUUGUUUUUAUAGGCCACAUCGUAGAAAUGAAAUUAAACCAAAAAACCCAACAAAAAUGUCAAAAAAUAGAGCAAAAAGGCAAAAGAUAAAGAGAAGAAGCUGAAUUGUCAAUACUAAUAAUUAAUAAUAAACAAAGCUUUGGCUUUAAGUAUUUAUUUAGCCUUUUUACAAAAUGUAAAUUGUAUUUUGAAUAUGUACCCCUCUGUGGAAAAGGUCUGGUCUUUAAGAAUCAGAAUAAAUGAUUUGAAGCCUAAUAUAAGAAUAAAUGAUUGCGAGAGUCUGGCGACCAGUCCAGGGUGUACCCCGCCUGUCGCCCGAAGUCAGCUGGGAUAGGCUCCAGCAUGCCCCCGCGACCCUAAUGAGGAUGAAGCGGUAUAGAAAAUGGAUGGAUGGAUGAUUGCGAGAGUCAUGUGAUAUUUAUGUAUACUGGAACACAUGUUUUUUAAAACAGCAGUAAGAAAUAAUUGCUCCAUCGCUUUCCCUUCAGUUCAUAAGAAGUGUCAAGGCUGGUCCACCACUUUUACACACCAGGUGAUCUGGCAUCACCAUGACAACCACUUGUGCUCAUAUUAAGCAUCACACUAUUAUUUCAAGUCCAACUGUUACGUAGCGUUGCUUUACAACCAUGACUAAUCAGAAUCCACAUCAAACCACUACAGUAUGUUUACUUUGUUUUUUUGGUUUUUUUACAAAGGUUUGGAAUUUUAUUGACAUUUCUAAGUGGGUAUAAAUACAGUAUAUACUGUAGGUGUGUGUGUGUGUGUGUGUGUGUGUGUGUGUGUGUGUGUGUGUGUGUGUGUGUGUGUGUGGUUGUAGACACACACACACACAUGCACACACACACAAUGUUGAGAAAUGAA